AUGUUGGUAUUAGCAUCACUUGGCAGUUGGUUGCCAUUUGCUAUUGUUGGUUUCUUGAUCAUAUUUUUUUCAAUAACAUUUACAUUACGUUAUCAACAGAAACGAAAUCGAGAUUAUUUGGUUACAGUCGUUUGUUCGAUUUCAUUAAUUACUGCUUUAUUCACAGCAUCGUUAUUACCGACAGAUGUAAUUCUGGUGUCAUUUAUGAAAAAUCCUAAUGGAACAUUUAAAGAAUGGACUCAAAAUCAAACAUCUCGUGAUGAAAUUCAAAAAUAUGUCGAAAUUGGAUAUUAUACUUUAUAUGCUCUUGUUAUUGCUAUGGCUUUCUUGAUCAAUCCAUUUCUUUUCUUCUAUUAUGAAGAAAGAGAAGAACAAGGAGAAAAAUUAUCAAAAAGAAUUUGCUCAGCGCUGAAAUGGACAGCAGGAUUUUUAAUUUUUCUUAUUUUGCUAAUUAUACUUGGAAUAUUUGUUCCACAAUUGGCAACAUUACCAUCGGAUAAUUCAACAAGUGAAUGGGAUAAUGUUAAAUAUUUAAUUUAUCAUUUUGAUAGUUCAAGAGUAGAAGAUUCAAUAUCUUUUUCAAUAUUUACAUUAAGUAUUAUUGGUUUUUUGCUUUUAACAAUUUAUACGGGCUAUGGCUCCAUUGCUUGUCCAUUAUCUAUGAUUCGUGGCAAACGAAGUGCACGAUUACAACAACAAACAAUUGAAGAACAACGUGCAGAUAUUGAAGAUCAAAUAAAAACAAUAAAGACUAACUAUCCGCGCUAUGCAAAAAUGCCACCACAGGAAAAACGUCGAUUAGAGAGUCUUGAACAAAAACAAGAAGCACUAAGUCGUAAUGCACAAUCGAUUAAAGUUGUACGUCGCAGUUUAUUUUUUAAAUGUCGCUUCCUCUAUCGACCAUUACAAAUUGUUCUUGGCGUUUUGUUACUUUUAUUUGCUUUACUUAUAUUUAUAUCGUUAUUAUUAAGUAAUAUUAAUAAAUGUAUACAUUUUAUAAACUUUAAACAAAUAUACGCACAAGGUAAUAAAACAUUACCGAAUCCCAUUGAUAUUAUUAUAACAUGGACUGGAAAAUUUUAUCCAGUAAGUUAUAUUGUUCUAUCAUUAUUAUUGGCUUAUAUUAUUGUCACAUCACUUUAUGGUUUGCAACAACUUGGCAUUUGGUUUCUGUGGAUUCGAAUGUAUCGAUUUUCUCGUGGACGAACGAAACCACAAGCUAUCCUAAUGCUUUCGUCAUUAAUGAUGUUUAUUGUCGUAGCCAUUAAUGCUUUUGUCUAUCUUCUUAUACCUCAAUAUUCAAUCUAUGGUGAUCAGUAUUAUUCUGCAGUAGUGAAUAACGGCACACAGACUGUUGAAAUGUGUACACAAUUCGUUUCGACAGAUGACUGCCAAAUGACAGUAAUGGGUCGUAUAAUACUUCGAUUUUUCUAUAAAGUUUGGUUUUUUGGAGCUGCCUACUUUUUACUUAGUUGGUUAUUUCUUAUUGUUUUUCUCAUCAGUUGUAUAGUGAAAAUAGUUCGUGGUCGUGAAUCGAAUAUUCAAGAAUUUACGACUGACCGUUUGUUCGACGACGAUGACGAUGGUGAAGAUAAUCCAUUGAUUCAAUAA